GGCGGCGGCGGCGCGGGGCCGCGGGCGCUGAGCGCGGGGUGGGAGCAUGGCCGAGGCGCUGCGCCAGGAGCCGCCGGGCGGGCCCGAGUCGGAGGCCGAGCUGUCGCAGCGGCUCGCCCGCACCAAGGCCCGCUCGUACGGCAGCACGGCCAGCGUGGCGGCCCCGCUGGCAGAGCGAUACGUGGAGCACCGGCUGAGCGCCGGGGACACGCUGCAGGGCAUCGCCCUCAAGUACGGCGUCACGAUGGAACAAAUAAAGAGGGCAAAUAAACUGUUCACUAAUGACUGUAUAUUUCUGAGGAAAACCCUGAAUAUUCCUGUUGUAUCAGAGAAACCAUUACUGUUCAAUGGACUUAGUUCACUGGAGUCUCCUGAGAAUGAAACUGUUGACAGCUCCCCUUCUUGUGAUGAAGGACUAGUAACAGUUCAGGAAGAAAGUAGUUCUUCUCCCAGUCCUCAAGAGCCUGACAGUCAGCCCACUGCACCAGAAGAAUUAUCUGCCAAAGAUUUCCUACAGAGAUUGGACUUGCAGAUUAAGUUAUCCAAACAAGCAGCCAGAAAACUAAAAGAUGACAAUGUCAGAGAGGAGGAGGAUGAGGAAGGUCCCUAUGCAACUUCUUCAUAUCACCAGUAGAAGACACAGAUGUGAUGGCCUGAAAACUUCCCAUGAAAUCAGUUCUUAAAGAACUAAACAGUCAAUAAUUCGAAACCCAAGUCUUUUGGACUCAUCAUCUUGAUGUACUUAAAAGAAGUCAUGAAUGGGUAAUUGCACUGAAACGAUGACCUCUUCUGCCUUCCAUAGGUUAAUGUCCUUAUGCUAUAUCAACAAAGGGUUUAAGCCUUCCAAAACUAGUCAUGGCCUUUCUACCCCUUCAGUGCAAACUGUAGCAUGGUAGCAACAAUAUAUCCUUGAGGUCACCUUUAUGCAGGAUGUUGAUCUUUAGUAAAGAUUUUGUAAAUAAUUGUUAAAGUGAAAUUUGUUUUAAGUAUUUAAAAAUAUUAAAGUUUGCUUGUAAAUGACAACCUAUGAAAGUAAUAGGAAUUUACAUAUUCUGCAAACAUAGGCAAGUUUGCUGUGAAAGUUUUGUCUACUUCAGGGCUGCAGAACUUGCCUCUGAACUCUGUGUGUGUGUCUGUGUGUGGUUAUGAUGUAUUCCUAGAAAGGGGAAUUCAACUUGCUUUGAUGAGUUAAAGCCUUUAUGGCUAAACAACUGUUUGCAAAUUGGACUUCUGCUAAUACAAGGGACGAGUUACAGCCAGAGAUUUUUCUUUGUGAGAUAUGACAUUGGAAUAUCAGGUGUAUGUUCUUGUGUGCAGUUAUAUUUUGUGUGGGUUUAAUUUAAUAAAAUACAAAAAUACCGAUGUGUCUGUUCAUAAUGCA